UUGGAGAUACUCCGAGACCAACCACUUCGUUAUAAAAAAAUCACAAACUCACCAUCGUAGACGUAUUCCACUUGCACUUACCUCGCGUUCUAUCAACAAUAUAAGUAAAGAAAGGAAGGAGGAUUAUAACUGAAGUGAAGAAGAUGCAGCUAAAAGUUCUGGAUUACAUUUUGGUACCAGCAGGCCUCCUGCUGAUGGCGGCUUACCAUCUAUGGCUCCUAUGUCGAAUCGUUAAGCAACCCAAUAAGACCGUCAUCGGCAUCAACUCCAUCAAUCGCCGCUUCUGGGUUCAAGCCAUGAUGGACGAUGCUCCAAAGAAUGGUAUUCUUCCGGUGCAGACGCUUCGAAACAACAUAAUGGCAUCGACCGUUUUGGCCUCGACAGCGAUCAUGCUCUGCUCUCUCAUUGCCCUCUUGAUGACCAGCAGCAACAGGGGAGCAUUUUUCGUUUUCGGAAACCGAAGUGAGUUUGCGUUUUCGAUCAAGUUCUUCGCCAUUUUAGUGUGUUUCUUGGUGGCAUUCCUGUUCAACGUGCAGUCCAUAAGAUACUACAGCCAUGCCAGCAUGCUCAUCAACGCGCCGUUCAAGAAGAUGAUGUCGCCGCCGCACCACAAGCAGCAGUACCUCACGCAAGAGUACGUUGCCACCACCGUGAACCGAGGCAGCUAUUUCUGGUCCCUGGGACUCCGAGCAUUCUACUUCUCGUUCCCUCUGUUUCUGUGGAUUUUCGGGCCGAUUUCGAUGUUCUUGUCGUGCGUUGUUUUGGUGAUCAUGCUGUAUUUUCUGGAUUUCACCUUUCAGUCUAAUUCGGUUGUUGGGGUUGCUUGGGAUGAUGACCCCAUUCUCAUUAAGGAUGAUGAGGAGCAAGGCUUGUCCAAUGCACCGGGGAUGACACAUUGUGAUGGUAUCUCAAGUGUAGUGUGUGAGAAACCACGUCACAGUGCGUGAUUGAUUUGGAAUUCUCUCACUUGAUGGAUCAGCAAUUUAGU